AUGGCCCUGCUUGUCUUGGCGUCUCUGUGCAACAUUUCAGCAGAAUUCAUUUUGUUUCGACGCACACUGCGAGGAAAGAUCAUGGCCUCUUUCAUGAUCAACUUGACUGCGAUUUCUUUGGUACAAUCAACAUUUGGCUAUGCCCUUACAUUAAGUGGAGACACGGUUGAGAGAUCAUCGAAAGGUUACUUUCUGUGUCAGUGGGUAGCUUUCACAGACCUUUUCUCCCAGUGUGCGUAUUCCUCUACCUUGUGCGCGAUGAACGUUGUGUCAAAGCUGGCCUCUGGUCGAUGCUACCUUGGAGCAUCACAGCAGAUACCAAGGAGAAGCAAAAUGAUAUUCUUCACAGCAUCUUGGUUAUGCUCCAUUGCUUUUAGCAGCAUGCUUCUGAGUGAAAAGAGUUUCUCUGUACUUUCGACGUCGAAGUUUACGUGCCACCUGGACUGGGCCUCUCAGGAAAGGCACGUUUUUAUCGUCAACGUCACUGUUGUCCUCGUGUUUCUACUUCUGCCCUUACUUAUAUGCUCCAUUACACAAUAUUUUUGUACCAGAAUAUGGAAGAAGUCUCGCAACGUAACAGACCGUGCUCGUAGAAGAGGCUUAGCUUAUCGUAGAAAGUCUAACCGUAUGGUAAUUGCCCUAACUGUAUGUUUCUUCGUCAGCCAGCUGCCCCUUAAUAUGGCAAACAUAAUUGCCAUGACAAUAGAGUGUUACAGUUAUCAAUUUCAAACAGUGUUCAUUUUGGAGCUACUCGCUAAAUCCAGUGCAUAUCAAGCUCCCUUUGUUUACGUGUUUCUGAAUGCUACUUACAGGACUACGUUAAAACAAAUACUUAUGGGCUCACUGGCUGCACAAAAAGGGCCAGGUUCUCGACUUGCAGGAAAAAAUGGAAUGGCCGCUGCCGAGAAUGGCCAGCAAGGGAGGAGGAUGCACAUGCCUAACAACAAAGUAGGUCAGUCACCAAAAGCGAUUUAUCCGGCAGAUGAGCAACUGAACGGCAUGGAAGAAACCCCAAACAGCCUGGCGCGUUCGACCUAG